AUGGCAAAAUUUCAUUCGCGUCGAAUAGUAGUCAAAUUAUUUCUACUAUUAACUAUAGCAUAUACAAUUCUUGUAUCAUUAAAGCUGAUUGUAGCUAAACCAAGUUUACAGCAAUAUCGUAAAUUGCUUAAUCAACAGUUUACUCAUAAAUAUAAUCAAAUUUAUUACAAUUUUUUAGCAUCCAAUUACGAUUUGAACAAUGACGCGAGCUUUAAUAAACAAUUGGCAAUAAUACGACAAGAUGCUAUUGAAGAGGAUAGAGGUAAUAAUGAACUUUGGAUGUUGAAUGAAGAAAUUACAAACAAUUUACCAUUAACUGUACAAAUACCGUCAUAUUUUAAAGAGAAGCAACUACUGGAAUCUACUCCACUUGUUCAUGAUUUUGAUCCUCGAUUUACAUUUGGUGCUUAUUAUCAAUACAUUGCUAGAACUUCAUCAGAGUCCAACUUGGUUGUACCUUUCCAUUGGUCAGAUUGGGUUGAUUUAUCUAUACUCGACAAGUAUAUCACCAACUACCCCAAAACUGACUUGUGUUCAACUUUAUUUGAUAUUUCAGAUAAACAGGAUCUCAUUAAAGGGUCCAAUAUGCGUAAUGUUGAAGAGUAUUGUCAAUUUAAUCAAGUGGAAGAUAAUAUACAGUCACUGAUUUAUCCACAGUUGGGUUUUAAAAUUACUGAUCAACCGGGUCCACAAUCCGUAUCUAACCGUGAACUAAUUGGUCGUGCUUACUUGUUUGAUACGGCACCAUCACCAAAACAGCUAAUUUUUUUAACGACCAAAGGAUCAUAUCAAAUUGAUGUACUCAAUCCUCAGGAAAACAAUUUUAAUAAUUCAUUACUUCAUAAUGGUAUGAUUGAUUCAUUACCAGUAGACACUUUUAAUGUUGUAGAGGACUACAAAUAUUUACAAUCACACAAACCAGAGACUCACCAACAACUACAGCAACCACAGCAAAAUGGUGACUCAUCCCGCCAUGAAUUAUCCAUCCCACAAUCUAAUUUCCUUAAUGAUCCUGAAGCGGCUAUCAAUUCCAUGAAGCGCAAACAGCAGGAAACUCAAUUAUCCCUAAUGGAGCAGGACUAUCUCGAUUCCAUUACAUUCAGUUACAAUUGUAACAACCCACCGAAGUAUUUCUAUGAAGCAAAAUUACUCAAAUCGACCCCUGAUGAUUGGCAAGGUGAACAUUACGAUUGGCGAUUCUUUCAAGGAAUCACAUUAGACUCGCCCGAAAAUGCCAUAAUCCUACAUCGAUUAAUUAAAAAUUAUCUCAAUUUUGCACGUAUUCAUGGAAUCACCACUUGGAUUGCUCAUGGUUCAUUACUUGCUUGGUAUUGGAAUGGAAUAGCAUUUCCAUGGGAUGGUGAUAUUGAUGUUCAAGUUCCUGUUUCAGAAUUGUAUAAAUUGGGUCAAUAUUAUAAUCAAACUUUAAUCAUUGAAAAUGCCGUUGGUUCAAAGGGGGAUUUUGAUGGAUUUGGUAGGUAUUUCAUGGAUAUUGGAUCAAGUAUAACUCAUCGUACUAGAGGAAAUGGGAACAACGCCAUUGAUGGGAGGUUUAUUGAUGUUGAUACUGGGUUAUACAUUGAUAUCACUGGAUUAGCUUUGACUGAUGCUCCAUCACCCGACAGAUAUGAUUUAAUUGCUCCGUUAUUGGAUAAAGAACAGCAAGUUGUAUUAGGUAAUGCUAAAACUGUUCAAGAGGAUGGUUCAAUUAAAAAGAAUUAUUCAGUAAUUAACCUGGAGUUACAAUUGUACAAUUGUCGAAAUCAUCAUUUUACAUCAUAUCAAGAGUUAUCACCAUUGAUCACAUCCACCUCGGAAAAUCAAAUCGCCUUAGUCCCCAAGAAUUUCAUGAUGAUUUUGAAUGAUGAAUAUAAUAUCAAUGCCCUUUCAAGAAAACAACAUCGGAAAUUCACCUAUUUAAACAAUUUAAGAAUUUGGUUCACGACAAAGACUAUAAAACAAUACGCCAAGAUGGAAAAUAUUGAUUCAGAAGGAUACGAUUUCACAUCUUUGAAACAACUCAAUUCAUUAACCAAAACUGAUCAUUUACAAUUAUUGGCUCAAAAUGUCAAGCUAUUACAAGAAUGGGAAUUAACGAAAAAUUUUACAAAUUUGCAUCAACGAGAAAUGGAAUUAAUUUAUGACGGAAAUAUCGAUAAAGCUGGCGAAUUGAUUGAAGCAAAUGUUGUGAACGGUGGAGGAAUUGGUAAGUCUUUACGGGCGGAUUAUUUUAUGCAUAAGUUGAUGACCGGUGGAAGACACUAA